AGGUCAGCAGGAGGCAUUUAUCUAAGCAGAGUGCACAGCAACAGUGGAGGAUGCACAGACUGAGCCUACCAAGAUCAGGGAAGCAUACAUAGGAUUUGACAGAAACUGCCAGCUCCUGCUCCGCUGUACUGCAUCCCCAGGCUUGGUCCACCGCUACCGCUUUAUUCUAAGGAUUCGACAGAUUUAAAUUCAGGCUCUAAAGGCACAAACCUCUGGAAACUCUUGUCAACACUCAGAGCACAUCGGCAUCUGAUACAACUUUUAAAACUUGGAUUAUGACAUCAAUUGUGAUCUCAAAAAGGAUGAAGUGGUCAGUACACACCGUCACAGACAACUAACUAGAGACAUCCUCUCCUGUUACUAUCAGCCGUCCUUUUGUGAGACUUCUGACCAGCGAAAGCUCACACAUACCACCAGGAAUUCCUGCUCUGACCAGCGAAAGCUCACACAUACCACCAGGAAUUCCUGCUCGCGAAACGAGGACCCCAAGGUCAAAAAUUAGGGGUCAGGGGGUCAGCGUGUUGAGGGACAGCAUACAGCUCUCUAUCAUUUCUUUCAGUAUGUUGUUCACUGAGCCCCACUGUACUGCAUUAUAAUGCGCAAAUGGAGGCUGACACGGAACCUUCAAAAUCUGUUCUCUGGACUCUACCUGCAUCUAAUCUUCCUGUUUGGUGGUGUGUGUGUAGUCUAUGGUGACUGCACUCCAGAGCAACUGGCUGCCAUCAAGAACUGCUCCAAGCAUGAGCGCCACACAAGGAACUAUGAUUACAUGGAGGGAGGAGAUGUGCGCAUCCGACAGUUGUUCAGUGCCACAAACUGGUUCCUACAGAUCGAUGACUCCGGAAACAUCAGUGGGACUCAAGAUCGCACCAACUGCUACAGCAUCUUGGAGAUCCGAACUGUGUCUGAGGGAGGCAUGGCUAUCAAAGGUGUAAAGAGUCAGUAUUAUAUUGCUAUGAAUAAAGCUGGAAAGCUGCAAGGCAAGAGGAUCUACAAUGAAAACUGCAGCUUCAAAGAGAUUUUUCUAGAAAACUACUACAGCGCCUAUUCCUCCACAAAGUGGACUAACAACGGCACAGAACUGUUCAUAACUUUGUCCAAAACUGGAAAGCCAAUACGAGGAAAAAAGAACAACAAGAAAUUUAAAUCCUCUCAUUUCAUUCCAAUCAACUGCAAGGAACAGGAGAUGAGGCUGGAGUGAGAAGUGAAGGACUGGGAUAGAAAUUGGGAGUGAUUUGAGUCACAUGUAAAAUGGUAAACGUCACCAAGAACAUGCUCAACACUAAAAACAUGUUGUUAUUGUUACACCAGAAACAUUUGGAUCAUUGAUAGAUUCAUUUAGAUUCUCAGAUUAAUCUCAAAAAAUAUGUUGAGACCCAUAAAUGUAGAAACAGUCUUACAAUUUAUUCAGAAUAUUUGAAGACUACAAAUCCAUACAAACAAUGUAGUUUUUUGUUUUGCUUUUUUCUAAACAGAAUGUCAUAUUCCAAAUGGCCACGACUCUUUUUCUUUUUUUAAAUCCAAAGUGGAUUCAAAGCCUAACAGAAGAGGACGCCGGUACAGUGAACAGAACUUUCAGAAUGCAGUCUGCUAUUGAGCAAGAAGUGAGGAAGCAAGCUGGACUUGUCUUUUUUAUCUCUAUUUUUAAGUUGUCAAACACUCACUAAACUAAACAAAGACGCAGUGAAUGAACACAGGAUAUCCAGUUAUUAAAGUAUGACAGUAAAUAGUCAAAUAAACAAAAAAAAGGGAAAGAACGUUUGUUUGAGACAAGUAUGUCUUGUCUUUCAAACAUCCGAGGACUGCAGCUGCUCACUGACCUUUUCAUUAUUAAAGGCCUGUUUCUAAAUGCUAAUGUGCUGCUGAAAAAUUAUCCAGAAUAAUCAUGAAGUGAGCACAUAAUGCUGGGCCAUGUAAUCCUUUUUGUAACCUUGUACUCUAUCAGAACACAUAUUUAUUUAUAAAGAGAUAUUCUUUGGUUUUUGCGUUAUCAUUAUACAAGUCAGACAAUUCAACAAUAAACCAUUUAGACCAUAAAAAGCAUGAUCUACUUUACAAGUACAUUUUUUCACAAACAUUAUCUCGGUCUUUGCAAUACAAUUUCAUUUUUGGGCUUUUCUUUAUAUAAAGCUGAUUUGUUGUAUGUUAAACUUCCCUUAAUAAGUGCAUCGUUCUACCUUGCUGCUUUACUGUGAAAGAACUGAGGCUGAGUUUUGCAAGCUGUCUUCAAGGGUUUGUUUCCACUAGAGAGGGUAUAAUCGACCUCAAAAUAAACUCCUAUCCAAACGCUUAUUCAGUCUCUUUGGUAACGUGUCAACAGGCAAUCCAGCAGAUCCAUCAGAUGGUGAAUUUUGCAAUAUUUACAAGCAUUUCUAGUUGGUUUUGUCUGAGAUUUGGUGCCUGAAGCAUCUCGAGGAGCAGAACCUCCAUGUGAACCACAUGAAUUUUGCUUUUAUUCUGCCAUUGAUGGAGCUGUUGUUAAGCAUAUCAAGAUGUGAAGGGGAACGAGAGAACUGUAUUUUGCUUACACACUGUGAUCAGCACACCUGAAACCGAAGAAUGCAUUGUAAAAUGAUCUAUUUAUUUAGUCUAGUAUCAGCAACAACAAUAAUCCUGUUAUCCAACCAAAGCUUUUCAAAUGUCUGUAAUCUCAACUUUGACCUGUUAUUUUUGCUGAGAUUUGGAUUUUAAUAAAAACGUCUGUUUGGAAA